AUGAAGGCAACCUCGUCUGCGAACGGCUCAGCAAAAGGGAGAGCGACUUCCAUAACCCCCAUUCCAUCCACCAACGGAACAACCACGCCAGUCGACAAGAAGGACACGUCAGAAGCCUUAGCAGCUUUGCUCGGAGGCGGAGGCAAGCCCGACAAGAAGCUCUACGAUGCGGAGCAGGACAGGAUAAAGGCUGAGAUAGACGCAGUGAACGUGACACUGUCUGCUCUCCGUGACAAAAUCAGCCUCUCCUCCAAAGGCGCAGGAAAUGACCGCCGCAGUGCACUCAUUGCCGAGCUCGAUAGUAUCCGCACCCAGCAGGCCGGCAGCAAAGCCUCUAGGUCGGAGAUACUAGCGCAAAACAAGGCUCUGAACGAGCAAAUUCAGAAAAAGCUGAAAGACCUGAAUGCCAGCAGGUCCAAGGUUCCCUUCAAGACGGUCGCGGAGGUAGAUGCCCACAUUAAGCAACUGGAGAAGCAAGUUGACUCUGGUACCCUGCGACUUGUCGAUGAGAAACGCGCCCUAUCCGACAUCUCACAAUGCAAGCGUCAACGGAAGACCGUCGAGGCUUUCGCGGCUGAAGAAGAGGUCAUCAACGAGCUGCGCCAAAAGUACGAAGAGUCCAAGAAAGAGCUCAACGAUCCCGCGGCAAAGGCUCUCUCCGACAAGUACGAGUCCAUACAGGCCGAACUCGACGAGCUGAAGAAGGAGGCGAACGAAGCAUACCAGAAUCGGUCAAAGCUCUUCGCUGAACGCGAGGUCAUCCAAGCGCAACUCGACGUCCUGCACACGGAACGACGCGAGCUGACGCGCCAAUUCAAAGAAGCUAAUGACCGUCACUGGAAUAAGAUCCACGAGGAUCGGGCCCGGAGGGCAGAGCGCGCCAAGGCACAGCGAGCAGCGGAGGAGGCUGAGAAGAAGAAAGAGAUCGCGGACCGUUUGCUCGAGGAGGCCCAAAUACCCGCCUUCCAAGUGCAGAUCGAGGACUGUCAGACCCUCAUCGACUCCUUCUCCGGCAAGAACACGGACAACACAACUCUCAAGAGCGUACCGUCAGAGAAGGCCGAGGUAGUUGGUGUGCCAAAGCUUGAUAUACGGAAAGUCGAGGCUCCCUCAGAAGGCCUUGUCGCUCGAAAGAAAAAGGGUGAUGACGAAGAAUCGUACUUUGUUGGAAAAGGCAAAUCUAAAGGCGGCAAGAAAGGCAAGACCAACGGUUCUUCGGAGCCUGCCACGCCAACCAGCAAUUCAUUGAACGUCCCCCUCGCCACACUCUCAGCUCUCCUUGCCCUAUCCAUCCCUCCCCCAACGUCAUCAUCAGAUGUGCCUCGUGUCAUCGAAGACCUCAAGACCAAGAAGGCAUGGUUCGAAGCCAACCAGAAGCGUGUGACUGCCGAAAACAUUGCGAAGGCCGAAGCAGAAAUCCAGCGCCUGACUAACGGGUCGUCGAAAUCAGCGAGGGUUGACGAAUCUUCUUCACCCGCACAAGACACGAUACCACCGAAUGGUACAGGCGAAGCUCCUCCCGAACCCACUCCCACACCCGCGGUAGGUGACGCAGAAACCACCGCUGUAUCGAGCGAAGAGGUCGUCGAUAAGUUGGAGAUUGUCCAAGAGCAGGAAGCUUCAUGA